AUGGCGGCGAGCAACACUAUCACGGCACUGGUUAGCCUGGUGGCGCUGCUGUGCUCCAUCCCCGUCAUAGGGGCGGGGUUAUGGCUGGCCACCAAGCACGGCAGCGAGUGCGUCCCCCUUGUUCGGUGGCCGGUGGUCAUAAUGGGGAUCGUCCUCCUCCUCGUCUCCCUCGCCGGCUUCGUCGGCGCCUACUGGCGGCGGCAGCGCCUCGUCGCCGCCUACCUCCUCGCCAUGGCCGCCCUCAUCGUCCUCCUCUUCGUCCUCCUAACCUUCGUCUUCGUCGUCACCCGACCCGACGGCUCCUACGCCGUCCCCGGCAGGGCCUUCAAGGAGUACCGUCUCGCCGGCUUCUCCCCCUGGCUGAGGGAUCAUAUCAUCUCUUCCCCUCACUGGAGCCAGAUCCGCCGCUGCGUCAGCGCCUCCAACGUCUGUACCAAGCUCUCCCAGGAGCAGUACUUCAACCCCGAUCAUUUCUUCCAGGCGGACCUCUCCCCCCUGCAGGCAACUUUCUCUCUCUCUCUCUCUCUCUCUCUCUCUCUGUGCAGUAGAAUAUUACUGAACCCUAGUGGGCAGUAUUGCAUCACCUUUUUCGGCGCCGACCCACAUCCGGAUUCCGGCACCAUCCCCGGAGGCGACUCCUCCGGCGGGGUUUACAUUGUCUUUUCCUGAACCCGCGAACUGUCGGUGUGGGUGCAGUCGGGAUGCUGUAAGCCGCCGACGGCGUGCGGGUACGGCUACGUGAACCCGACGUUGUGGAUAAACCCGGCGAGCCCGGCGGCGGACGGGGACUGCUACGCCUGGAGCAACGACCAGGCCCAGCUCUGCUACGGCUGCGGUUCCUGUCGGGCCGGCCUGCUGGGGAGCCUCAGGUCGGAGUGGAGGAAGGCCAGCAUCGUGCUUGUCGCCACCGCCGUCGCCCUGCUAUGCGUGUACGUUGCCGCCUGCAGCGCCUUCAGGAACGCCCAGACGGAGGACCUCCACCGGCGCUACAAGCAGGGCUAUGUGUAG